AUGAUUCCACGCAUACUUCUUCUCUUCUCUAUAUUCUCAAUGGCGUCCGCAGUGACUAUCGAGCAGCUGACAUGGCAACCGGAGCUUGUCACGAAAGAAUCGAUUCUGAAAAAUUAUUUGAAACUGACCAACGAAACGAUUUUCGAAGAAAUGACGACACUUGCAUUCGUCACAAUAUGGAACCCACGUGGAUUUUAUCUCGCACGGAAGCGUGUCAAUCGCUUAUCGUAUGUCAGUAAUGUAUGGUUCGAAGUGGAGCCGACGUUCGGAAUGGACGUAAUGUCAGACGUUGCAAUUGUUGGAAUAAAGAAUAUCGACAGAGAUUUCAUAAAAUUUCUCCGAAAAAACAAUCCGAAUAUCAAAAUUGUACCGCGCUUCAUGUUCACUAAGUUCACAGAAGAGGUCGCCGAUUAUUUUAUUCGAACGGAACACAUAGUGCAGAGAGUCGCACAGACACUUGCCAACUUCUGUCACAGAAAUGGAUUUGAUGGAUUAGUUAUCGAUAGUUAUUCGACUUUCGGAGAAUCGUUAAUGAAACACAGAAGAGACACUAUGGAAACAUUUGAACAGAUGGGCAACAUGAUUCGAAGAAAUAGGCUCAUUGCGAUUCUUUCCUUGCCAAGCCCUGUCGGCAAUGAGUAUUUUCUAGGCGACGAAAAUCAAGAAAGUACACUCAUCAAUUCGAACGAAUGUGAGAGUUUGCUGAACUCGUAUGAUUAUUUCCAAAUGUGGACAUACAUCGACGGAUUACACACUCGAAACUUUAUUCACGAUAAGUACCUUCUCGCUAACAUGGAACUUUGCAAGUUCUCACCGAAAAUCAUGCUAGGAAUGAGCUUGUACGGACUUGAAUACGAGUUGGAAGACUAUCUUGAGGGACCACGGCUACGUGAUUGGACAACAAUCGAUUCGAAACGAUUUUUACAAGUUUUGAAGUUGGAGGAUUCGGUAUUGACGUGGAAUAAGAAGAACAAAGAACAUGAAUUGACUUCCAAAGCCAACAACACAUUCAUCCUCUUUCCAUCGCUCACGACAUUGGAGUAUCGGCUCGCUCUUGCGAAGGAACAUGGCGUUGCCGUUGCGUUUUGGGACUACGGACAGGGACUCGACUAUUUAACUAAUUUAAUCUAG